CUGCAUCCUGCAGGCCUCUCUCUCUCUCUCUCUCUCUCUCUCUCUCUCUCACACACACACACACACAAACUCUUCUGUCUCUCGCUCUUUCAAUAGUUCCAUCCAUUCUGUCAGGCCAGGCCAUCCGCAUUUAGGAUAUACUCUUUCACGGCUUGCAGAGAGAAAGCGAGGGAACAAAAAAGGGGGUAAAAACAGAGCAAUAGCGCAAAAUCUAGUCAAGAUCAGAGGGGACAGAUCAAGUGGAUCAGAUGAAGAGGAUGACAAGCUGUUGAGCCUUGGAAGUCAAGGAAAAGUUUGAACGUCGUGAGGGCCCUGGGGGCAAAGAUGUCCUCGUCAUGAGGGGCUUGUUGCAUCCCCUUCGUCUGUCUUGCCCCUUUAUUUCAAUGGCCGGGAAGAAAGCACAACUGGCAGUGCCCCAUUUCAUAUAUUCCACCUUGGAUGUGCCCUGCGGGGUGGGACUCUUCUGAGAGCUACAAACAUGCGACUGUGGUGGAUUUUACUUCUAAGCUUUUGGAGUGUUUAUGGAGAACUCCCAUUCAUAGCAGAGAACAACGCUGCCAUGCUGGUCAACUGGAAUGCAGUGGAUGGGAAUUAAAAGCUGUUUGCAAUCUAUGACACAAGCGCCAAUGAACCAGGAAACAUGUCUUUUGUCAAAGAGACAGUGGACAAGCUUUUGAAAGGCUAUGACAUUCGUCUUCGACCAGACUUUGGAGGUGCACCGGUCGCGGUUGGCAUGAGCAUCGAUGUGGCAAGCAUAGACAUGGUGUCUGAGGUCAACAUGGACUACACACUUACCAUGUAUUUCCAGCAGUACUGGAGGGACAAGCGACUCGCAUAUUCUGGGAUCCCUCUCAAUCUCACCCUUGACAACCGGGUAGCCGACCAGCUUUGGGUUCCUGACACGUAUUUCCUAAAUGACAAGAAGUCUUUUGUCCACGGUGUCACAGUGAAGAACCGCAUGAUCCGCCUGCACCCGGAUGGCACAGUUCUUUAUGGAUUAAGAAUCACCACCACUGCCGCUUGCAUGAUGGAUCUGAGAAGGUAUCCAUUAGAUGAGCAGAACUGCACUCUGGAGAUAGAGAGUUAUGGAUACACAACAGAUGACAUCGAGUUUUACUGGAAGGGAGGAGAAAAUGCAGUGACUGGUGUGUCGCGUAUCGAGCUCCCACAGUUCUCCAUCGUGGACUACAAACUUGUAUCCAGAAAUGUUGUCUUUUCCACAGGUGCCUAUCCUCGACUAUCUUUGAGCUUCAAGCUAAAAAGAAACAUUGGCUACUUCAUCCUGCAGACCUACAUGCCCUCAAUCCUGAUCACCAUCCUGUCCUGGGUCUCCUUCUGGAUCAACUAUGAUGCCUCAGCAGCCAGAGUGGCAUUAGGUAUUACCACUGUGCUGACCAUGACCACCAUCAACACCCACCUAAGAGAAACACUUCCCAAGAUCCCCUAUGUCAAAGCCAUAGACAUGUAUUUGAUGGGCUGCUUCGUCUUUGUGUUCUUGGCUCUGCUGGAAUAUGCUUUUGUCAACUACAUUUUCUUUGGACGAGGGCCUCAGAUGCAGAAAAAGUUGGCUGAGAAAGCUGAGAAAGCCAAUAACGACCGCAACAAGUACGACGGCAACAAGUCUGUUCAGGAGGGAGGCAACUGCAAGCCAUCAUCUGUUAAACAGUCCAAUCAGGUACAAGGCCACCGUCACUCACGAGGGGUGGAUUCCCAGGGAAAUAUCCUUCUGACCACCCUGGAGAUCCACAAUGAGGUGGCCGGGAACGAGAUCACCACCAGCGUCAGCGAGGCUCGUAACUCCACUUCAAUGGUGUUGGAUAACUCAGGGAUCCAGUAUCGUAAACAGAGCGCAGCACGGCCUGAGGGCCGCCACAGCAUGGACAGGAACGCACAGUCCAAGAAACCGCGGCUACGCAGACGCUCCUCCCAGCUCAAAAUCAAAAUCCCUGACCUCACAGACGUGAACUCCAUCGAUCGAUGGUCACGGAUAAUAUUUCCCUCAGUUUUCUCUCUUUUCAACUUGAUCUACUGGCUGUAUUACGUGAAUUAGGCCUGAGACGUCAAUGGGUUUUUUUGCCCCUUCACAAUUUUUUCAUGUUGCCAAGUGGAAAAUAGAGACUUUUUUUUUUGCUCUGGCGUACUUUUAAGGGACGUACUUGCACGCCAUAUAUAUAUAUAUAUAUAUCGAGGUUUUUCUACAACUGAACCUUUGCGAUGUUGUGAAGGGUUCAGAAGGAAUGCUACCUGCACCAAAACCCAUUCUCAUAUACAGUACGUAUGUACUCAAACAUUCCCAUUCACACAUGCACAAAAUCAGUUUUCUAAAGACUAUCUCUGUACAUACAUGUUGCAAUUUUUGAAGCCACAGGACUUCCGCAUGAUGCACUCAGAACUGUUUUUAAUUUGUACAUGUUGCUAUGUUAUUCCAAUUGAAAGAUGCUAAUUGCAAAUGUUUCAUGCCAAUAAGUCUUUAUUGUUGGAGCGCAGGAGACUAUUAUUGAAAGACGAUUAUAUAGUUGUUGAAAUGCAGUAUAUAACAAGGGUUGUAGGUCAAAUCAUGUCUUCAG